AUGUCGGAAGGAGCAAGUACUAGGAUGGACGAUUUGUCUCAAGACGAUGCUGGCACGAUAGAGGAAACGGCUGAGGACUCGAUUCUGUCGCGGCAGACUUGUUUGAAUCUUGUUCCUGUUGUUGGCCAGAGAUUUGCUUCUCAAGAUGCUGCUUAUGAAUUCUACUGCGGUUUCGCAAAGCAAUGUGGGUUUUCGAUUAGGCGUCACCGCACUAGGGGCAAGGAUGGUGUUGGCCGGGGAGUGACAAGAAGGGAUUUCACUUGUCAUAGAGGUGGAUACCCGCAGAUGAAGCCGGCUGAGGAUGGGAAGUCGCAGAGGAAUCGCAAGUCAUCACGCUGUGGUUGUCAAGCGUAUAUGCGCAUUGUGAAAAGGGUAGAAUUUGAUGUCCCUGAAUGGCGUGUUACAGGAUUUAGCAAUGUGCAUAACCACGAGCUUUUGAAGUCCAGUGAAGUGAGUCAACUUCAUGCAUACUGUUCUAUGUCUCCAGAUGACAAGAGCCGGAUUUGCAUGUAUGCGAAAGCUGGGAUGUCGGUGCGACAAAUGAUGAGAUUGAUGGAGCUGGAGAAAGGUGUUAAACUAGGUUGUUUAACGUUUACGGAGGUAGACGUGAGAAACCUGCUGCAGUCUUUUAGAAAUGUUAAUAAGGAUAAUGAUGCCAUUGAUCUUAUAGCAAUGUGCAAAAAGAUGAAAGAUGAAAACCCUGAUUUCAAGUAUGACUUCAAAAUAGAUGGUCAUAACAGGCUGGAGCAUAUUGCUUGGUCUUAUGGUUCGUCUAUUCAAUUAUAUGAGAAAUUUGGAGACGCAGUGGUUUUUGACACAACUUAUCGUUUGGACGCAUAUGAUAUGUUGUUAGGCAUUUGGCUUGGAGUGGAUAACCAGGGAAUGAUUUGUUGCUUCGGGUGUGUGCUUCUGCGGGAUGAAAAUGUGCAGUCAUUUUUCUGGGCAUUGAAGACAUUUUGGUGGUUCAUGAAAGGAAAGACUCCACAAACAAUAUUAACUGACCAUAACAUGUGGCUGAAAGAAGCUAUUGCUGUUGUCAUGCCUCAAACUAGACACGCCUUUUGCAUAUGGUACAUUGUUGAAAAGUUCUCGGAGUGGUUUUCUGCACUUAUUGGAUCUCGAUAUAAUGAGUGGAAGGCUGACUUUGAUCAACUCUACAAUCUGCAGUCAGCAGAGGAAUUUGAAGAAAGAUGGAUGGAAAUGGUUGAUAGAUAUGGACUGCAUACAAAUAAGCAUGUAAUCAGCUUAUAUGCUUUACGGUCAUUUUGGGCUUUAGCAUAUAUGAGGGCUUACUUUUUUGCUGGAAUGACAAGUAUAUGUCACUCGGAUUCAAUUAAUGCUUUCAUUCAACGUUUUCUGGGUGUAGUGUCUCAACUAGAUCGUUUUGUAGAGCAUGCAGCAGAUAUUGUUAAUUAUAGUGAUCGGACUGGGGCAAAGCAAAAGUUGCAACAGAAGCUGCAGAGAGUCUGCCUUAAAACAGGUUCACCAAUUGAAUCACAUGCUGCCUCUGUUCUUACUCCUUAUGCGUUUGGAAAACUUCAAGAGGAACUUGUAUUGGCUCCACAAUAUGCAUCUCUUCCGGUAGAUGAAUUUUGUUUCCAGGUCCGGCAUCAUACUCAGGCAGAUGGAGGCUGCAAAGUGAUUUGGGUUCCAAGUCAGGAGCACAUCAGCUGUAGCUGUUGUGAGUUCGAGUUCACAGGCAUCCUCUGUAGGCACGUUCUUCGUGUCUUGUCCAAUAAUAAUUGUUUCCGUAUUCCAAACCAAUAUCUACCCACCCGCUGGUGUGAUGUCAGCUCAUCUUCCACCAACACCUUUCAGAACGCUAAAGACAAGUCUGAGAAGAUCCAACUAUUGGAGUCAAUGGCUUCAACACUUGUUGCUGAAUCAAGUGAAACAGAGGAGCGCCUUCAUGUUGCAUAUGAGCAAAUUGCAGUGGUAUUAUCACGUGUAAAAGACCUUCCGAGUACAACACGUAAAGCAAUUGAAGGAUCCUCUAAUUGCCCACCUGAUUUUUGUCCACCUGAUAUUUGUCCGCCUAAUAUAAUGACUCUACCGGAGGUGGAAGUUGACGAUGGAGUUGUUCGUUUUCCAAUUGGAAACUCUCAUGAUUCUGUUUCUUCAGGGAAGCCUAAAGAGAGAAGACCAAAAGAAGUUGAAAGCAAUAGAAAGCGAACACGGCAGUGUGCUGGCCCUUGCUGUCUGAGUGUCCAGUGAUGGGAGUGAUAUUUUGAGUUGAGAUGUAGUAGAAAACUUGUAGGGUAAAAGAUUGGAAAUAGGCUAGUUGAUGUAGCAAAGGAAAAGCAGCACUUCUUCAAUGUUCAUUUUUGUAGAUAUAUUUUGGUGUUCAUUACCGUUGAUUGACAUCUCUCCUUAUACUGACUUUUCACUCUUCAUUUCGAAUGUAAUUGACGUUUGGAUAUUAAAAUGUGCUCUAGUUUCUGCAAUCAUGGCACCAUUGU